UAAUUUCCUGUCUAGAUCCGAAAAUGGCAAGAAACCGGACCAUUGUUUUUCUUCACGCAGCUGCUGUUUUCACACUUCCGUCCUUCCUUGCUUUCCUCUUUUUCUUCUCGCCCUUCUUGAGCCGAGAGUCUAUUGAAAGCAGCCUCUCUCUGCAUUAGGUAGGGUAAGAUCUACAGACUAACUGUUGGGAUCAAACUGGGUUUGUUAUUGUUGUUGCAACACAUCAGUUCUAAAGUUGCUCGUUCUCUUAUUUCUUUGAUAAUAGGCAGAUGUCUAAGCAGGUCUUGGAUUCUGUAGAUUCGCUGUCGAAUCCUUCUGAGCCUCCAAAUAUUGGAAAUUGGUACUCAAGUUAUACAUAUGAAUCGCCGGUUUUGAGCGGCAUUGAUGAGAAUGUAGCUUCACAAGGAGAUAUCCAAAGUUCAAUUAAGGUUUGGAGAGCUUCAGAUAAUAUCUCAUUUUCUUCUGAGCUUUUAGAUUCCAACGACUGUUUCUCAAGUUUUGUGCCUGAAACUCCUGCAUUGGCUGAUAGUGAUGAUUUUAGAGUCCCUGAAUCAAUUGACAUCGGUUUCAAAGAGGAUACUAGCACCAAAGGAUGCAAAGAAGACAGUGACAGCAAGGAGGAAGAUAAUUCUGCUGAAAAUCAAACAAAUGGGAAAAGUGAUAGUGUGUAUUCUGGUGUUGAUGUGGCUUCGAAGGGCCUUCUUCAGUGUACAAACUCUGUUGCAGAUAACAAAAGGGUAGGUCAGGAUGUGAACUCAAAUGACAUGUCACUUGCUUCAGAGCCUCCAGACAUCCAGAACUGGUUCUCUAGCUAUGUUUACGAAUCCCCAAAAGUGGAUACUAUUCAAAAUUUCGUACUUCCAUAUCAUGAGAAAGAAUUUGAUGACAAAGUGUAUAUGAAUGAGUAUAAUGGCUGUGGGGAACCUCAGAAUUUAAGGAAUUCAUUAGGAUCUAGUUUUAUCCAUGAUGACAAGUAUGAGCAUCUGCCUGUCUCAANCCUCCCUCUCUCUCUUUCUCCCCCUCUCUCUCUCCCCUUUCGAUAA